AGUUGUGAGGUCCCGUGACAAAUUUCAUUGGAACUUUCUACGUCCAGGAAAGAGACACUGAUGUUUCCUGCUUCUCUUUGAACAAACGCUUUAUGGGCAGCGAGAAGACACACUUUCAGUUUUAUGUUUUGUUUUUUUUUUGGAGGGGGGGAGAGAGAGGUGGGUGGACUCUUUUUGUCCGAAACAAAACGGGAACAAUGUUUAAUGUACUGACAGUUUAAAAAAAAUGCUGUAACAUCCCCAACUGGACCUACGAAGAACAGAUGAACACCGCGUCAAGAUACUGUCAGCAGUGACCCAGGAUGGGGAUGGGCCAGUUGUAUACUUGAAGUUUCAUCCGGAGGAGGACCCAUUACUUUAUGACCUUGCACCUUUUUGAAUGCCGACAGCUUCUAAGAUGGAGGAGCAGCCCAGUCUCCCCAAUGUCAGCAUACCCUGCCACAACGAGCAGAGGGACAAGAAGAAACGUUACACAGUUUACAAAGUGAUAGUCAAUGUUGGACAACAGGAAUGGUUUGUCUUCAGGCGUUAUGCAGAGUUUGAUAAACUCUACAACAUAUUAAGGAAACAGUUUCCAUCUAUGAACUUGAAAAUUCCUGCCAAGAGGAUAUUUGGCGACAAUUUUGACCCCGAGUUCAUCAAGCAAAGAAGGGCAGGGUUGCAUGAGUUCAUCAAGCGAAUCGUCUCCCAUCCCCAGCUUUGCAACCAUCCAGAUGUGAGGACCUUUCUACUGAUGGACAAAAUGCAAAAUUUUUCAGAUGCCUCUGAGGAUGAAGAUGACAAAAACAACUCUACCUCCAGAAACAUUAACCUGGGACCCUCUGGAAAUCCACAUGCCAAACCCACAGACUUUGACUUUUUGAAAGUCAUAGGGAAGGGGAGUUUUGGGAAGGUUUUCCUUGCAAAACGCAAACAUGAUGGAAAAUAUUAUGCUGUCAAGGUCUUACAGAAAAAGGUCAUUCUUAACAGAAAAGAGCAAAAACACAUCAUGGCAGAGCGCAACGUGCUGCUGAAGAAUGUGAAACAUCCAUUCCUUGUUGGACUUCAUUAUUCCUUCCAGACCACAGACAAGUUGUACUUCGUCUUGGAUUUUGUCAAUGGAGGAGAACUUUUCUUCCAUCUUCAAAAAGAGCGGACAUUCCCAGAGCCCAGAGCAAAAUUCUACAUUGCUGAAAUGGCAAGUGCGCUGGGAUAUCUGCACUCUCUCAACAUUGUUUACAGAGACUUGAAGCCAGAAAACAUCCUCCUUGACCAUGAAGGGCAUAUCAUUUUGACGGAUUUUGGAUUGUGCAAGGAAGGCAUUUCCCAGACCGACACCACCACGACAUUUUGUGGAACACCUGAGUACUUAGCUCCAGAGGUCCUGAGGAAGCAGCCGUAUGAUAACACAGUAGACUGGUGGUGUCUGGGUUCAGUGCUGUAUGAAAUGCUCUUCGGCUUGCCGCCAUUCUACAGCAGGGACACACAUGAAAUGUAUGACAACAUCCUCCACAAGCCAUUGGCAAUGCGCCCUGGUGCAUCCAGCACAGCCUGGUCUCUCCUCCAGGGUCUGCUAGAGAAAGAUGGCACACACAGACUGGGGUCUAGGGAUGAUUUUAAUGAGAUCAGAGCACACUGCUUCUUCUCCUCUAUCAACUGGGAUGACCUUGUACAGAAGAAGAUCCCUCCUCCAUUCACACCCAACGUGAGCUCUUACUGUGAUAUCUCUAACUUCGAUCCCGAGUUCACAGAUGAGAUGGUUCCCAACUCCGUCUGUUGGUCUCAAGACCAUUCCAUAGUCAACGCCAGUGUAAUGGAGGCAGACGAUGCUUUUGUGGGCUUCUCUUACGCCCCACCGUCUGAUGACUCUUUCCUAUGAGCACAUUCCUAAUGAGGUCUUCACUCGCCUUAACCAUCAUAACUUCUUUUGACUAAAGGGAAGAAUUUAUACCAUGGAUGAACUUGUUCGAUGAAGCCAAAGCAAGGAGCUGAGAAGAAACUCACGACAGAUUUUGGUUGGAACGAAGUGUGCCAGAAAAGUCUUUAUAUUUUACCGAUUUGUAUUUAUAUAAAUAUAUAGAUAUAUAAUAUACAUAGCAGAUGAUAUUUUUAAAAAUUAAGGAUGGAUAUCCUCUAUUAGUGUAAUUUCUGGUGGUUUCUAAAUGAGCCUUCAUAAAGCCUUAAAUUUGUCCCUUAAAUGAAAUCCAUAAGCAGUUUUCUGAGAAACUUGAACAAUUCACUGGACUUAAAGAAAAAAAAAAAACACCAUUUGACUGUCAGAUGUAAGUGUGUUUGUCCAUGUAAUUACUGUACAAAUAAACUCAUGUAUCAUAUUCAUUUUAACUGAGCUGGAAAUAGGGAUUACUUGAGAGACCACUAAAUAAAGCAUUUUGGUUUAUAGGUCACUUUGUAAAAAAAACAAAAAAAACAAACGUCUUCAGUUACCAUUUCGUUUGUCUUUGCUGAGUUAUUUUUCUAUUGAAUUGUUUGUGUUUAUUUUCUUUUUUUUUUUUUGCCUUAACACAUUUGCAUAAAUUAGAAAUCCACAAUGCUUUGCUUCGCCUGGAAAUUAAGUAGGCCUAUACUCCUGCUGCACAAUAAUAAAAAAAUGUCAAAGUAAA